AGUCUCGCUUGGUCACCCCUAAAUCUGAGUGAGAUGGUCGAAACCGUCCUCGCGGAGAAUCCCGCGAAAUGGAGGCAAAUUCGGAAAGCCGAAAGGCGACUCUCUCUCUACACUGUGCACACCAAUAGUUAUGACUUUUAAAAGAAGAAAAGGAAAGCAAAAUACAGUUUUAUACGUGCAACACUCAUUGUGUGUUUAAUAAAGAACUUAAGGUGAAGGCGAAGGGAUGUCCCAGGCCACCCUGCUAGAGCAGGUCUCACGGUGGAGUGAGGAAACCUGCGGACAAGAGCUCCGAUCCGUCCUGCCCAAGCUCCUCUCUAUGCACCAAAGCACUGAUAGCUGGGAUGAACAUAUACGUAUCUUGAAAGUAAUCACAGAGAUGUUCCUGCCACACCUCAGUGUGUCAGAGCUGGAGGAAGAGUGCUUCUCUAAGGUGUUACCAAAGGUGGUGAAGAUGUUCAGUAGCUUAGUGGAUGAGAUUGCCAAACAAAUCGGUGGGUUAUCCAGUCAGAACUCAGAACUGCGCUUGUUUCUGAGGAAUAUUCUGCAGGUCAUGAUUAGCAUUCUGGAAGCUCUGUCAGGUGUCGUGCGUCACCUGUGUACUUACGAGGAAGCUCCAGCUCUGGAUGCCAUUCGUUCAUUACCUUCUUGCAUUCUGACACUCCUGAAAGACACUUUUCAACAUUGUAAGGAGAGUGAGAGUGUGUACAGUGGGCGACUGUCUUUGGUUGCAGAUCUCCUUCAAGCCCUGUUCAAAGAGGCAUACUCUUUACAGAAGGGCUUGAUGGAGUUGCUGGAAAAGAUAGAUUUUGAGAGCAACAUUUCUGAGGAGGAAGUCUUCGACAUUGUUACAGUGAUUCAUAGUCUUUUGGAGAUAUGCACGCUAAUAUCAAAUCUGGAUGUUGCAUUACAUGCCAACACAUGGAAGUUUAUUAUUAAGCAGAGUAUGAAGUACCAGGCUCUGCUGGAGGGUCAGCUCCGUCACAGUGACAUUGUGUCACUCCUCUGUAAUGACUUGCUGAUGUCAUUCCGCAAUUGCUGUGAGCUUGCGGAACAAAUGCAACACACAGGGUUACAGGAUAUGGCACAAAAUUCUGAAUACAAGUUGUUCCAGAAAACAGCAAAAAUGUGUAGGUUUUUUGCCAAUACGUUGGUUCACUACAUAAAGGAAUUCAAAGAUUUUCUAGCGAAGUCCUGCAGCCACUUCCAUCAUCUCUACCUCCAGAUUUUUAGUAAGUUCCCACCAAGUCUGUGGAGUUCAUUGGUUUCCACCACUCACUGCAAUGAAAUGAGAAGUAUGGUGCUGGUGGCCAUGGACCCACUAAUCACUCAGCUGCUUCCCUGUAGAGACUUUGCUGAAGCUGCGUUGGCACCAAAACCACAGCUUACUCCUGAUGUGCUGUUGCCUCACUGCCUCCUGCUUACCAACAUUAUGGGUAAGCUGCGCUCCCAGCCUGAGGAGGUACUGCUUCUCUGGUGUGAAGGCAGCCAGUUUCCGGAAGAGAUACCCAGGCUGUCCAUUUUCCAGGCCCUGCUGCAGAGCUUCCGGGGCUGCACUGUGGAGCGGGCUGUGCCUGUGCUGCUCCCAGGGCUCAUGAUGAAUGGACAGGCCCAGAGUCAGGUCACCCUGCACCACCAUGUUUGUGUCCAGCUGUCAGCAUGUUUAGCCACCCUUCCUGCUCCCAUCUUCCCCCAGCUGGAGCGUGCUCUGCUCGAGGCUGUGCUCCAGCCAGAUACCCAGACAGCUGUCCUUGCUGUAGAUGUCUGGUGCUUCCUGGCUCGAUAUGGGACAGCAGAACUAUGCCUGCAUCAUGUAACCCUCACUGCUCAUCUGAUCAAGUUGUGUCCUUUGGAGUCUUACCAUCUAUCUCAUCUGGGCAUGUUACUGAGACGAAUGAUGUUCUUCAUGACGCCACACCACCAGGUGGAGUUCGUGGAGACAUUUUCUCCCCAAGAGGCAGAGAACCUCCUCGUGUGGAGUAACGUUCUUCGGAGGGCCUUGUCCGAGGAUGUCAGGAAGCGGGUGGAGCAGGACAUUGUGAACUUGGCCAGCUCCAUGAUCACUAAUUGGCUGGAGAAAGGUUGCAGGCUGGGAGAACUGGAGAAAGUGAACAAGGUGCUUUCAGCUCUGCUGGUAGUGGUUCGAGAGCAGCCUGCAGGGUCUGAGCAAGUUUCCACUGUAGUGAAACUUGUCACACAGCUGUGGCCUCGUCUUUGUACUCAGCAGGUGCAGGCGUACCCCACUGUGAGGUGCACUCUGCAACUGCUCCUCUCCAUCUCUGCAGUUUUAGUGCGGAAUAUAGACUUUAAAGACAUCUGCCAGGCUCUUGCUUGUCUGAGCAACCUACUGUCAUCAAAAUGCCCUGAUGUCAUCAUGUUGUCAGGGUUGGACUUCUUGGCAUCUUUAGGACACUUGUCUAUACCUCCAGAAAUGCAGAGUGAGGUUCUGCCGAGACUCUGCAGCCUGUUCAGCGCCUUUCUGUCUGAGAAGACAUGGAUUCUUCACCAGCAUGCUUUGGAGACUUUUUCCCUUUUUGCUGAGGUGACAAGCCAUGAAGCAGUCAUCUCCCAGAGUUUAACAUCAGAUGAAGUUAAAAAUGAAGUUGUCAGUUUUCUCAGCAAGACUUUGAAUGUACAGGAGACAGACGACGUUUGCAUUGAAAGGUUGAAAUUGGAAAGGAGUAUUUACGAGACACACAGAGAGAGGUUGGAAACCUGCAAUGAUAUGGAGUCUGCUGUUGAUCUGCAGCCGUGUUCCAAACGAGCCCGACAACAAACCAACGAGGAGCAGGAGUUCGAGAAGUAUCUCCAGGCAGCGGAGAGCAAUCUGAAAGCGCUGCAGACUCUGAGUGAACAAAAGCCCAUUCCUGACUGGGUGACGGCCAGGCUCCGGGAGUUGCACCCACUGAUAACCAAAAUCAACACAGCUUUACCCCCACAAACGUAGCACCUCCAACAGAAAAGUGGCCUAUUGCACAAUCUCUUGUUUAUGUAACACCCUCAAUUGUGUGCCUUUCAGC